AUGUGAUGUCUUUUAGGAGACAGGUUUACAUGUUUUUAGAAUCACCAGAUCGUACACUUAACGUUUAUAUUAAACAUGAAGGGGAGCAUAUGAUUUAUGCAACUACCGGAAGUUUGCGUUGUUUUGAAUGCGGUGAUGUCGGCCACAAACGGCAGAUGUGUCCGCAUAAAGAUCGUGGACAGGAAAACAAUGUCGCAGUGAUAGAGGCUAAUGCUCAGGAUACUUCAGACGGGUCAGGAGGAGAUUUCAGGCCUCGCGGAGUCUCAGCAUAAAUGCAUUGUGAUCUUUGCUCUGGUGUGCUGCUGUGCUCUCCUGAUAGCAUUAAUAUUCUCUGCUGUAGAUGUGUGGGGCGAUGAUGAGGACGGCAUCACUGUAGAAACAUGUAGCAGAACCUGCCGUGUUGUGCUUGUGGAGAACAUUCCAGAAGAUCUGUCCAUCCCAUAUAAGGACACCGUUUCCCUGACCGCUGGCCUUCACGAGCUGCUGGAGAAAGCCCGUCGAUCUGUGGAGAUUGUGUCACCGCGGUGGGCAUUGAACUCAACUAAAUCUGGAUCAAAUCUUCCUCAGGCCAAACAGGGCCAGAUCUUGCUCCAUCAGCUGAAGAGUUUGCGGUCUCGGUCAGUCAGUUUGAGGGUGGUCAGUGGACUAACGAAUUCCUCAGAGCUCGAUGAGCUCACUCGGAGUGGUGCAGACGUGCAUUACGUGAACAUGACAGCCCUGAGUCGAGGUCAGCUGAACUCCUGCUUCUGGCUGGUGGACCGGAAGCACAUGUACAUCGGAAGUGCCGGCAUGGACUGGAGAUCCCUCUCCACGAUGAAGGAGUUCGGCAUCAUCAUUCACAACUGCAGCUGUCUAGUGUUGGACCUGCACCGCAUAUUCAGCCUGUACUGGCAACUGCAGUAUAAAGACUUUCUGCCGUCGAUAUGGUCAAAGAGACUGACCGCACUGUAUAACAAAGACAAGAUGCUGCAACUGAGUCUGAGCGGCGCUGAAGCAGAGGCAUACAUUUCUAGUUCUCCAGAUAUUUUCUGCCCAAAAGACCGGAUGAAAGACAUCGAGGCCAUUAAAAGGGUCAUUCAGGAGGCCAAGACAUUUAUCUACAUCUCCACACCCAACUAUUUACCAAUGCUCAACCGCACCAAAACCAA